GAGAUACCCACACUACAUCACUUGCAGGAUGUGAAAUCAAAACAUUUGGAAAAAGCGCCAAUCUCGCCAAAGAAGUGAUUUUGUGAAUAAACAGCAACCCGAUCUCCUUCAACAAAGUUUACUUGCGGCGAAAGAAUGGAGGAUGAGUGAUAGUUGGCACAGCCGCAUGGUGCUGUUCCGAAAUAUUUAAUUGUUUAUGUAUUGUGAAAACAUCUUCUGUCGCCAUAAAUCCUACGUAGCAAUAUUACCUCACUUCAAAUGGUAGCAAAUCGGAUGCUUAUUGUUGUUUUCAUCCCAGAUAUAUGCAGUGGUGGGGAGGGAGGAACUCCACCAAUUCAACAGCCAUACCAUCGCAGCGACCAGACGUAGACUGGUUGCCCUAGCUUUCGUUACAGACAUAACAAGCGAUAAGACGGAAAAGCGAUGGUUGAAUUAAAAUGAUGUGGACGAUAUCUGUCUGCUACGUGAUCAUUUAUGAUCCCAGUGUGACUGCUGCGCCCAUGCCUGUCCACUGUCCGGCAAGUGGCACCUAAAUUCCAAUGAAAAGAAAAGUGGCAUGGAAGCGGGCGGUGGUUCCAAGCGGUUGAUGUAUACACCGCAUCUGAAAAAAGUUCUUAAAACAUACCAGGCCUCUGCAACAAACAGUCUCCAUGGCCCGAAUACAGUUCUGGGCGUCUGGCCAGGAUCUGAAUCCGACGACACACCAUCGGUCAGUCCCCCGAGCUCAACGUACCCCCUGCCCGCGACCGAUACCGCGAAAGAUCUAGCCAGUGGUUCCUCUGAUUUAUCGUCUGCUCUAACUAAAUCCAAAUCAAGUUCGUCUGCCGCUGGUUCCAGCAAGGAUAUCAUAGAUUAUGACCCUUUCAUAGCUCCACCACCUUUCCCCAUACAGCAACCACCCAUAUUUACCCCACCUGAUCAAAGUGGCUGUAAAAAAUCCGAAACAGUUUUAGAAGGUGAGACCAUAUCUUGUUUCAACGUAGGGGGCGAAGAACGACUCUGUUUACCACAGAUUCUCAAUUCAGUCCUGCGAGACUUUAGUUUGCAGCAGAUUAAUAGUGUCUGCGAUAAUUUGUACAUUUAUUGCUCUCGCUGCAAUUCUGCACAACUUGAAGUGCUCAAGGCGACACGUGUGUUGCCUUUCAAUGCCCCAAGUUGUGGCCUCAUCACUAAAACGGAUGCCCAACGUCUGUGUGCAGCACUGCUGGAUUGCAAUCCUCCGAUGUUCACCAAACCUGACUUGAAACCUGCCUUUCAGGUGCCAGUGUAUCACGAAUGCUUCGGAAGAUGUUCGGGACUGUACAUGCCUGAUCUGUUUCUUCACCCACUAGAUCCAUGUAUAGAGUGUGCCGAGUGCCAUGGUUUAUUGAGCCCCCAAAAAUUUGUGUGCCAUGUGCACCAUCCUAAAGAGACUCGAACCUGUCACUGGGGGUUUGAUGUUUUCAAAUGGCGCAGUUAUAUCCGGUUAGAAAUUGAAGUGGAAGAAAAUGUGCAGUUUCAAGAAGCUCUGAAGGAGAUGAAACAGCGUUUCGAUAUGAUGUGCAAGAGAAAACAGGUAAGAAAACUCGAUGACUGUUGUUCAAAAAUCGGUUUGAAAAAGAAUGCUGAUGAAAGCUGUGAUCCUACUUCUAAAAAAAUUUGUACAGAGAACUGUUAUUCAUACCCAUAUGCUGUGGAUCCAGUGAUGGUGUACUAUUAUGGUCCUCAUAUGUGGGAUAAUGCCUUCCAAACUUACCCUGUGAUCACCAAAGAUAAAAAAACAAAUCUAUAUAUUCCCCAAGACCCUCACCUUAUUCAAAAAAGCUUACCUAAUUUUCGAAACCGAUUAUCGCUCACUCCUGCCAAUGUCCAGAAACUGAUGCCCAUGAUAAAACUGACCGAAGAACAGCAAACUGUUCUGGCCUAUCAUGCACACAAGUCUGAAACAGCUAGUAAAAGAUCUCAAGUGAAGAAAGACCCUGACCAGGACCCCCUGUCUUGUUGUCUUGACUCAGAUGAUACACACUCAGACACCAGUUUUAGUACUCUUUCUGGAGCUGGAGAAGCUACAUUUUACUCAAAAAGAAAAGCUACGGAAAAUACGGGAAAAAAACAAGCUGCUCAAGCAAGAGAUACUAAAGUUUCAAAAUAACACAAAAUCCACAGGUGAACAGUGUGAAAGCCAAAGUUCAAGACUGACACCAAACUUUCCUUCUUACUCUUCGAUGAGUCCGAGCUCACCAGCAGAGCUUGAAAAGAUAACUGUGACGACUGAAACUUUAAGUGCGGGGAGUGUUAAAACUGAA